GCCAUUGUUGACCUUUACAACGUAAAUAAUAAAAGAAAAGACACUAAUAUUUCCCAACAUUAUCAUGUGGCUAUACAGAUAGGGUUAGUUCUACUACAUAGGCUGCAGAGAAGAGAUAGCUAUCUCUUCUUGUUGGGAUGUAUAUAGCUAUCACUUUUAAUUAUGAGUACCAUCUUGUAAUUAGGUAGCUUAAUACCCUAAUCUCCUAGGUUAAAUAGCAGCUAGCUUGUUAAGCCGUGUAACUCAACUUGGCCUUGAUUUCUAUUCGGCCGCAUCAUAGUGAAAACCCCUCUCUGGAGCUUGCUCCCGUGGAUUAGUCUCGUUCAGUUAAGAACGAGGAUACCAUGUAAAUCUCGUGUUCUCUACUUUCCACGUUACCAAGUUUUACAUGGUAUCAGAGCAGUGAUCGCUUGAUUUUACUACGACUUUCGCUACUGCAAUCAUGGGCGACAAGGAUGGCACUUCGGCUGAUGGCAAGGCUGCCGCUACUAAUGGUGCCGACGUGAUUCCCCUCAGUUCGCCUCUCUUUCUUCACCCUUCUGAAAAUUCGGGUCAAUUGUUUGGUGGUGAUGUUCUAACCGAUCUGAACUAUAAUGAAUGGGUUAGUGACAUGAAGGAGACUCUCCUUGCGAAGAACAAAAUUGCUUUCGUCAACGAGACUCUACCUCGGCCAACCGCCACUGAUCUAGUUCGUCUCGACUCUUGGGAUCGCUGUGAUGCGAUGGUUAAAGGCUGGCUCAAGACGGCGAUGACGAAAGAAAUCAGGAGUAGGGUGCGUGGUGUUUCGACAUUUCGCGGAAUCUGGCUUGAUCUACGCCAGCGAUUCAACGCAGGGUCGGCGACUCGAGCCUACGAGCUGUGUAGACUCAUUAGCGGCCUUCGGCAUGAAAUAUCCCAGGCCGUCAGCGCCACUCCUCAUUGCAGAUGUGGCAGGUGCUCGUGUGACGUAGCAAGACAGGUGCGUGCAAAGCUGGAGUCCGAGCGCCUCUUCGAUUUCCUUCUCAGACUGGACGAUGCUUUUGCCGUCGUCCGCUCCCAAGUCCUCAACACCAAACUGUUGCUUUCUCUUGCGGAGGCGUAUCAGCUCGUUGCUGGAGACGAGCAGCAGCUUACUGCUGGCCGCCGACCUGCUGAUAGGUCAAAAGCGUAUAGCUUCAAUUCCUAUCUUGUAGUAAAACCGGAAAGUCCGGGUAUCGUCUCUCAGGGACUGGUACAACCUUAUAUUCUAUCAAAUUUAUGAGCAAACUAUAAGUGAAAAUAGUUUAAUGAGACUAAUUUCUAAAAGCAAAAUAAAAUAAACAAAUUAACUAAAUGAAAACUGUCGGGAGAAAAUCAAUGGGAGAAAGCUCUGGGAGAAACACCGGGAUUCACUACCUAUCCUAUCCAGAUUAAUUCACCUAUUCCAAUCAAUUUAAUCCAUACCUCUACAGCCAGGAUAUCACGAAUGUGCUAGCUAUCCCUGUCGGGAAUUACUACGUACUAAAUAAUCAAUUCAAAUCCUACUGUCGUAGCUCAAUGACUUAAUUAUUUAGCCUGAAGACCGAUAUCCCAAUUAAGACUGCAUAGUACCUUAUUUAAUCCACUGUCGCUUCGAUAAGUUACUAUGUCACAUGAAAUAUGUUCAGUUAUUAGGGUUUCACUGUCGCUAAUAACCUAAUUAACUACAAAUCGUUGUAUUGGUGGCCAGUCAACACAAAGCAUUAAGAAAUUUCAUGCAAUAGAGAUUGGAAGAAAAGAAUCAUGAAUCAAUCCAUCAAAUCAAGAAAUAGCUACAUCCUAUGGUGUUUCCCCCAGAAAUUGGGGUUUAGUUCAUGACGAAAUUAAGAUAAAUCGAUAGGGUUUUGUUCAUCAUGUUCUAAAUCAACAAGAAACAACUAAUUAGGUUUAGAAAAUCAAACCAACUAAUCGCUCUCGUUGAACUCAGCUCAGGUAGCCUUGGAAAUCUGAUCGCCAAUUUCACAAUCGCCUGCUCGCGUCCCAAGCUGCGCUGCCCUUCCAAAGAAUUCGCCCCCUUCUCCCGAAUAAUGGCCGCCUCCUGCCUUUUAUUUUUUUCAGAAUUCCGCCCUCUCCCCACUUUUCUUUUCUCCUCCGUUCCGCUCCAAAUCCACCUCCUUUUGCUUCCGUCCCAGACUUCCUUUUUCCUUUUCCUUUUGGGCCAAUUAAUUCCAUGGCCCCAAAAGAAUUCGUUCCCAGAGAGAAUUCCUCAAAAUGGCCCGUCCAAAAUAAUAAUAGCUGCCGCCAAUCUUCUUCCGUCCAAACUGAAUUUCCUGGCCCAAAAAUUGCUUUCAUUCGCCCAGGUCCAAAGAGAGUCCCAGCCCACAAAAGUCAAGUCCCGGUUCAACUUCUCAGUAAGUUCCGGUCCAAUGCACAUCCAGUCCACUUGAAUUAUUCUAUCCACCAAUGCAAAUUUCUCGUUUCAUUUACCUGAAAUAUAUAAAACAUUUGGCACUUGAUGGUAAUGGUUUUAUAACCAUUCCAGGCUUAGUUGGACCUCAAACAAGUAUUAUAAGUCUCAAACAUAUCAUGAAAUAAUCACGUUAAGCACGCAAAAUCAAUAUGUUUUCGACAA